AUGGUUGAAUCAGACCUUGAGUGUGUCAAUAUCUCGAAAGACUUCAAAAAUGGUGACAAGGUGAAUGAUGAAUUAGAAGAAAAUGAAACUGACAAACAAAUGUCAAUGGUAACAGAGGAAUAUGACCACGAGAUAGAAGUGGAAGUGGCAAAUGAUCCAUUCACAAAACACUACAAAUAUGAUCUAAAAGCCUCUGAUGAGUAUCGGGAUCAAGGUUUAGUGAGGCCUAAGGUUUUAAUUUUAGUACCAUUUAAAGAUGUUGCAUACAGAGUUGUGAAGACCAUUAUUGAGAUCCUAAUUCCAAAGGAAUCUGGUCAGGUGGUAAAUAAAAAGAGGUUUGAAGAAGACUUCACUGGUGGAGAACUCUUAAUGCCUACCAAAAAUCCUAAACCUGAAGAUUAUGAGUUAUUAUUUAGCGGCAAUACUGAAGACACUUUCAGAUUGGGUAUGACCUUAACAAAGAAAACCCUAAAGCUGUACACAGACUUUUAUUCGUCAGACAUUUUAAUAGCUUCCCCACUGGGUCUUCGAAUGAUAGUUGGAGCUGAAGGUGAAGAGGACCGUGACUAUGACUUUUUAGCAUCCAUAGAAAUACUAAUAAUGGAUCAAGCAGACAUUUUUCUUAUGCAAAACUGGGAUCACUUAUUGCAUGUGUUGGAUCACCUCCAUCUACAGCCCAAGAAGACCCACAAUACGGAUUUUUCCAGAGUUAGAUCAUGGGCCGUUAACGGUUGGUCCAAAUAUUACAGACAAACUUUAACAUUCUCCUCAGUUUCAUUGCCUGAAAUAAAGUCCGUGAUGAAUAGAAAGUGUCAGAAUUACGCCGGAAAAGUGAUUUUGGCAAAUCCAUGUGAAAUUGGAAGCAUUCAGCAAGUUAUUCUCCAAGUGCCGCAACUGUUUCACAGAUUUAAUGCGACUUCGCCCCUCGCAGCGGUGGACAGCAGGUUUGAAUAUUUCAUAAAGGAGAUCCUGCCAAAGCAACGCGACACUUUGAUGAGUCACACGCUGAUAUACGUGCCGAGCUACUUUGAUUUCGUCCGAAUAAGGAAUUAUUUCAAAAAGGAGGACAUUGGUUUCGUCCAAAUAUGCGAAUACUCUAAGGACGCAAAAAUAGCGCGUGCAAGAGACAUGUUCUUCCACACCGAGGCACAUUUUCUUUUGUACUCUGAGAGAGUGCACUUCUUCAGGAGGUUCCGCAUAAAGGGCAUCCGCCACAUUAUAUUUUACCAACCGCCUACAUAUCCCCACUAUUAUUCCGAAAUGUGCAAUCUUAUGCAGGAGAGUAAUCAAAACAAAUAUGGCGGCAGCGAAUGUAAUAUGACAGUGACAACGCUACAUUGCAAGUAUGACGCGCAGCGCGUGGCGGCAUUGCUCGGUGCUGCUCGUUUCUCCCGUAUAGCUACUUCUGACAAGUCUGUCCAUAUGUAUGUCACCGGGGAA